AUGACAUUGAAUUUUAGCGAACCCCCGACGCCUAUUCUGAGUCGGCCAAAUACCGGCCUCCUCAAUGGCCAUCAGCAUCCUCAUCAUUAUCGCCAGGGCACGCAUCCGCAUCUGUUGUCGGCUCGGAGGAAGCCUCGAAGAUGGCCUUUAGUUCUUCGGUUCGUCAAGGGCGCCAUCCACGGCGCCAUUCUGCUACCGGUCACGUUGCAUGCUAUCUUUUCGGCAUUCGUCGUCUGUCUUGACUUGUAUAUCUUUGAUACCGUCGGCCUUCCGAAUAGUAUUAUCCCCUCUCUCUCCAUCGUCGUCGGCUUGAUGCUGGUCUUCCGCAACCAAACAUCCUAUAGUCGAUUCUGGGAUGGUCGAAACGCCAUGAAUACCAUCUCCACGAGCAUCCGGAACCUGGUGCGCACCAUCGUCACGCACGGAUACAGCAGCAAGGGAGCCCCCUCUGCCGCUGAAAAGGAGGACAUCGAGCGCACCAUCCGCAUACUCAUGGCGAUUCCCUAUGCCGUCAAGAACCAUCUCCGUGCCGAAUGGGGUGCUGCUUGGGCUCUCGGGAGCGAUGUCGGCGAGGACGGCAUCGCCGCGUAUAACCCCGACUAUGCGAGCCUUUUGCCUGCGGGUCUGGAAGGCCAUGAAGAUGAGGGGUUGGGGUUACCGUUUCAGUUGACGUUCCUUGUGGAUGGGUUCAUCAAGCGGGGUGUUGAUCGGGGUUGGUUCAAUGCUCCUGGUUCGAGUCAGAUGCAGGCGCAAUUGAAUACCUUGAUGGAUGCGUAUGGGAAGAUGGAGACGAUCGGGUUGACUCCGAUUCCGGUGGCGCAUUUAAUCCACCAAAAACAAGUCCUCGCUCUCUUCGGCUGCGUCCUCCCCUUCGGCAUGGUCGACGACAUGGGCUGGUGGACUGUCCCCAUCGUCAGUCUCGUGAUCUUCACUCUCUACGGCAUCGAAGGGAUUGGCUCCCAGCUGGAAGACCCCUUCGGCUACGACCGCAAUGACAUCAAGAUGGACGCUAUUGCUGGCGACGCUAAGACUGAGAUUGAUGUUGUGCUGGACGAGUGGCGUCGAUUAAUGCGGUUUGUUGAGCUGGAGUCGGGCGAUCAGGUAACUGGUGAUGGGCUUGGGGCUGGGGUUGUCAAUAAUGCGUCGAGGAAUGGGUUCGUGCCUCCGGAUAUGUUUUUGAAGGUGAGGUCGAGGAUGGCGAGGGGGUGA